UAUCUCUCUCUCAAAUUUUCUUGUAUCACAUCAAUAUGGCUUCUACACCCCAAUAUUCCAUAGGACCAACUAAUUCCCUAAGAUCAACCGUGCCCUUUUUCAACAAAGUCUCCACUGCCCAAUGUUGGAACAGAAAUCAUUUAACUAGCCAUCCUACAAUCACCAAGCACAUCUCUAGGCCUAAUUUUCUUCAAAUGCCAUCAGAAAUAAUAAAGAAGGAGCUCAAAGUUAGAAAUGGUGGUUGGAGAGUUUGGGGCAUUGACGAUGGGUCAUGCGGAGUUGCGCCUACGCCUCCACCACCGCCUUCCGUCCUGGAUGUCGUCCGGGAUUUCCACAACGCCAUAAAUGCCAGGGACAACGACAAGCUGUCUCAACUUCUAUCUGAGGACUGCCAUUAUGAAGAUCUCGUCUUUUACAUUCCCUUCGAAGGAAAAGAGGGUGUCAAACGCUUUCUCAACAGCGUGACGGACGCAAUGGGACCAAAUGUUCGUAUUGCCAUUGACAAUAUGGCUGAGGCCGAGGGAUUAACUGCAACUGUAUUAUGUCAUCUCGAAUGGAAAGAUAAAGGGAUGCCCUUUACCAGCGGUUGUAGAUUUUUUGAAUGUGAAGAAGUUGCUGGUGGAAGGCUCCUCAUAAGGAAAAUAACUGGCUUGGAAGAAUUGCCACUGAAACCUGGUGAUUUGUUAUUGAAACUAUUGAAGGCAGUUACAACUUUUUUUGAUCUCUAUCCAAUGGCAGCUAAUGGAUUGCUUGCGAAAUCCCACGGCACACACGAAGGACUUGAUAAGCUUUUGGACAUGCUUCGUGGGAGACGUCAAAGUUAAUUAUCUUCUUAAUCUGAUAUGUAUUAAAAAUAAAGUUCAAAACUUUGCCCUUUAAUGCUACUAUCAAAUAUAU